AUGGCCUGCAUCCUGAAGAGAAAGUCUGUGAUUGCAGUGAGCUUCAUAGCAGCGUUUCUCUUCCUGCUGAUUGUGCGCCUUGUAAACGAAGUGAAUUUCCCAUUGCUGCUAAACUGCUUUGGACAACCUGGUACAAAAUGGAUACCAUUCUCCUACACAUUCAGGCGGCCCCUUCGAACUCACUAUGGAUACAUAAAUGUGAGGACACAAGAGCCUUUGCAGCUGGACUGCGACCUUUGUGCCAUCGUGUCCAACUCAGGUCAGAUGGUCGGCCAGAAGGUGGGAAAUGAGAUAGAUCAGGCCUCCUGCAUUUGGAGAAUGAACAAUGCCCCCACCAAGGGUUAUGAAGAAGACGUUGGCCGCAUGACAAUGAUUCGAGUUGUAUCCCAUACCAGCGUUCCUCUUUUGCUAAAAAACCCUGAUUAUUUUUUCAAGGAGGCAAAUACCACUAUUUAUGUGAUUUGGGGCCCUUUCCGCAACAUGAGAAAAGAUGGCAAUGGCAUCGUUUACAACAUGUUGAAAAAGACUGUUGACAUCUAUCCAAAUGCCAAAAUUUAUGUCACCACAGAGAAGCGCAUGAGUUACUGUGAUGGAGUUUUUAAGAAGGAAACUGGGAAAGACAGAGUCCAGUCUGGCUCUUAUCUCAGCACUGGGUGGUUUACCUUCAUUCUGGCUAUGGAUGCCUGUUACGGCAUUCACGUCUACGGGAUGAUAAAUGACACCUACUGCAAGACAGAGGGGUAUAGAAAAGUCCCCUACCAUUACUAUGAACAAGGAAGAGAUGAGUGUGAUGAAUAUUUUCUUCAUGAACAUGCCCCAUAUGGAGGCCAUAGGUUUAUCACUGAAAAGAAGGUGUUUGCUAAAUGGGCCAAGAAACACAGGAUAAUAUUUACACAUCCAAACUGGACAGUGUCUUGA